AUGGCUUCCACCCAAUGUCUCGUCGUUUUAUUCCUAAUCACAUUCACAUCCACCGCUUUUUCCCGUUCAAUCCUCGAAACCUCCCCAAAAAGCCACCACUCCUUCACCUUUAAUCCGAUCUCCAUUCGCCGGAAAAUUCCAAACGACUGCGACAAUUGGUACUGCGACAGCUGGAGACUCUCCGUCGAGACUGAUAACGCCAGAUCUUGGACCCAGAUUCCGGCCAGGUGUUUGGAUUUCGUAGAGGAGUACGCCACCUGCCACCAUUAUUCGUCGGACUUGGAGGUUGUCGCCAAGAAUGCGUUGGAGUUUGCAAAAGAGGUUAACGUCUCCAUCCACGGCAAGGACGCUUGGGUCUUUGAUAUUGACGAGACGUUGCUGUCUAAUGUUGGGUAUUUUCAGUUAAAUGGUUUCGGACAUGUUGAUGUUGCCGCUCUCUUCUCUGAGUGGGUGGACUUGGCUGUGGACCCUGCUUUAUCUGCAAGUUUGGUGUUGUACAAGGAGCUCCAAAAGAUGGGAUUUAAGUUAAUCUUGUUAACUGGCCGCAAUGAAUCUUUGAGGAAUGCUACAAAGAAAAAUCUGUUCGAAGCAGGAUACAGCAAUUGGGAAAGGCUUAUCAUGAGGAGACCACCUGAUAUGAAUAAAACAGUUACUGAAUUCAAAUCCGAGAAGAGAAGAGAGUUGAUAUAUCAUGGUUUCACCCUUCAUGGAAACUGUGGAGAUCAAUGGAGCGACUUGCGGGGCUUUGCAGUAGCCACACGAUCCUUCAAACUCCCAAAUCCAAUGUAUUAUAUUCCCUUAUGA